ACAUAUGAAUAUGAAUGAUAAAAUGUGUAAUUACGAAUAAUACAAAUAUAAACGAGUGAGAAAAAACGACCCAAAACCUGUUAAUAUGAAUGACGAAAACGUGUCUUUAUUAAUAGUGAUUUACGACGUAGUGAUACAAAUACGUCGUAAAUCACAUCUGUAUUUUUUUUAUAGUGUUUAUAUGUGGUUAAAGUGUGAAGCAUCAUCAUUGUCAUCAUCAUCAUCCUCAUCACCAAAGUGAACUGCAGAUAACCUCAUGACGUGGCAGACACACUAUGGAAAGCCUGUAUAUAUAAUUCUUGCUUCCCUGCGUCUAUCUGCUGCUGGUGGUCUGAUCCACACAUCGAGGACAUUUUUUUUUCUUUCCGACUUGAGUCUGGAUGAAGGAUGAGCUUCUCACACAUAGACGUUGUCCAUCCUCCUGCUGCUUCUGCUCCUGCUGCUGCUGCUGCUGCUGAUGCUCCUUCGUCUCAUCACAAACUCUUGUGCACCCUCUGGUGCUUGCUAGUCUCCCAAACUUCUUUGUGUUGCCUGCUCGGCAGAUUGUCUUCCUUGUCUGUGUGCUGGUGGUUGCUCAUUAUUCAGAGACAGACGGAUCUCAGGUCAUCUGCAGCUGCAGCGAAGGAGAAGCAGGAAAGAUGGCGAUCAUCCAUUAGAGCGACUGGGCGCACGCAUGAGAUACAAGAGGACAAGUUUCGGGAGGAGAAGACUCUACCAGGUUCCCUGAUUUUCCAGGGAGUGCUCCCUCUGUGUUUCAGCGAUGGAAGUACUGCAGUGUGAUGGCUGUGACUUUCGUGCAGAGUCAUGUGAUGACUUGAAAAACCACAUCCAGGAAGUUCACACUGCUUUCCUGCAGCCUGCAGAUGCAGAUUUGUCUGAUUCCCUGAAAGAUGAUGACGAGGACGAUGAGGAAGAGGAGGAACUUGAGGAAAAGGAGGACAGAGAUAACACGGCAUCCAAGGCUGGAUUAAGCCCCAACCCUGCUGAGAAUUCCAGUCUAACAUCUCAGAAGCAAACAUCUGAAACUCAUCUUCAGUUUUACCAGUGCAAGUUCUGUGUCCGUUACUUCAGAUCAAAGUCACUCCUAAGAAAUCAUACCAAGAAAGUGCACGAUGUCGGAGAGGAAGAUUCAGAUGCAAGUGUCUCCUCACAGACAGAUAAGGAACCUAGCUACACUGUUAUCACGCACAACGACCAUUCAAGGGUUUAUUCCUGUCAGUAUUGCACAUACAAGUCUCCGCGCAGGGCCAGAAUACUAAAGCAUCAGCUGAUGUAUCACAGCAAAGAUUCUUCAGAUGCGUCAGAAUAUGCCGAGACUGCAGAGGAGUCCGACAAAAGCAGUGCACUAAUGAAGGGGACAUUUGCUUGUGAGUGGUGUGACUAUCAAACUGACCAGAAGGACAGCUGGACUAACCAUGUGGUGAAGGAACACAGCGACAAGGUCAAGAUCAUUUCCUCCAUUGCAGAGCUUGAAGGCGAGGCCAGUGGGAGUUCUCCAAAACCAGAUUCUUCCUGCUCUUCCCAGAGUCCGACCAGAUCAAAGAUGAGUUUUUCAGAUGUUUGUGGGAAGGAGGAGGACGCCAAAGAAAAAUUGCCACAAAACUCUUUAGAGGAAUCGGUUCCAGAGAUUGCAUCUUUUCAGUUUCCACAGAUCAGUGCAGUCACACCAAACAGCACAGGUUCCUCUAUUCUGUCCAAGAGGUUUGCAUCAAUGGAUUUCACCAACACUGACAAAGAUAUGGACAACUUAACGAAUGAAGAAGACUCAAGGAGCAGCUUAGAAGAUGAGGAUGAUGUUGACGAGGAAGAAUUAGGUGAUAUAGAUGAUCCUAGCUACACUGGAACACUGUCAGCCGACGCAAAACAGCUCUUAACUGAUGACGAUAAGUUCCUAGAGACCAAGGGAAUACCUUUUAGAAAGUACCAGAAUCGAUUUCAAUGUCCCUUCUGCUCUUUUCUCACUAUGCACAGACGUAGCAUCUCCCGCCACAUUGAAAACAUUCACCUUUCUGGCAAAAACACAAUGUAUAAAUGUGAUGAAUGCCCCUUUAUUUGCACCAGCCCUCUCAAACUUGGCACCCAUAAGCAGAUGCACACUGCUACAGAUGUAGAGACCUUGGACCUAACGAACGAUAGUCCAGAACCACACACAGACAAUGGGGAGCCUGUUAACGGAAGUACUACAAGCUCCAAAGUGAAUGGUAGGAAGGUAACCAGCACGGCGAACGACCAGCAGAACCCUCAUCGCUGUACACUCUGCAGUUUUUCCACCACCACUCUCAAAGGCCUAAGGGUUCACCAGCAGCAUAAGCAUUCCUACUGUGAUGACCUCGAUCCCUCUGCCUAUGAUAGCCAGCUGACCGACCAGCCAGACCCUGAAGUGGAAGCUUCUCCCAUAUUUUUAAAGAAAACCCAAACCUCCAUUUUAGGGCUCGCCACAAAAAAGCCCUUAGUACUGGGGAAGCGAGCCAGGAAGUCCAUUAAUGACUUGCCUCUGGACUUAUCCUCAGUGAAGAAGAGAACUAGAAUUGAUGAAAUUGCCAGUAACCUUCAGAGUAAGAUAAGCCAAAGUCAGCAAGACAUGAUCAUAAAUUUGGAUGACAUGGAUGAAGAAGAAGCGGGAGAAAAUCACAGCGGUGGAGAUACAGAGGGCACAAACCAUGACGGCCAAAACCCAAUUUUUGCCUACAACAUCAAACAAUAUCAUGGAAGAGAGUCAUUGCUCAUACAAGAGGGAUGCAGGAUAGGGAAAAGAAAAAGCAACCCCAAGUUAAAAUCUAGAAACAUUCCCAUAUCAUUGACCCUCUCAGACGACAGUGAAAACAUCUUAGUUGAUCCCAGUGACGUCGCAGUUCAGGAGAGCCUGGAGUAUUCGGAGGAAACAGGAGCUGCACGUUUUUACUGCAAACACUGUGAUUACCAGAACAAGUCUGCUCGCAGUGUUAGCACCCAUUACCAGAGGAUGCACCCUUACAUCAAGUUCAGCUUUAAGUACAUCCUGGACCCUGAAGACCAGAGUGCAGUCUUUCGCUGCUUAGAGUGCUACAUCGAAUACACAAAUUAUAAUGAUCUACACCAACACUACAUGGAACAUCACCCUGAAGCAAGCAAUGUGCUUAAUUUCAACCAGCCACAUUUGUUGUACCUGUGCCGCUUUUGCUCAUAUACAAGCCCAAAUGUCAGGAGUUUGAUGCCCCAUUACCAAAGAAUGCACCCAACAGUGAAAAUCAACAAUGCCAUGAUCUUCUCCAGCUACAUCGUGGAACAGCCCCACAAAACAAGUGAAUCUCAAACUCUGAGAGAAAUUCUGAACUCCGGUCCCAAGACCUUCAACUCAGCCUCAUCAACACCCAGGUCCUCUUCCAGCCCAGUGCUGAAAUCUGGCCCCAAGUCUCCCGAAACCAGUACAGAGGUUGACCCUUUCAAAGAUGCCGCUGGAGGGAAUAUUGUUGUUUAUGACUGUGAUGUGUGUUCUUUUGCUAGCCCCAACAUGCACUCAGUUUUAGUUCACUACCAGAAGAAACAUCCUGAACAAAAGGCUUCGUAUUUCCGUAUACAGAAGGCCAUGAAGGUGGUGUCAGUGGAUCAGCCACAGCCUGCAGCUAAUUCUUCAUUUAACCUCUCUGUCCUAUCUCCUCAAAAGCAGCCCAGCCCACCAUUGUAUGGGUCAGAUGAGGAAAUGUACUACUGUAAACACUGUGUGUACAGCAACAAGUCUGUUGUUGGUGUGUUGGUCCAUUAUCAAAAAAGACACCCUGAAGUGAAAGUAACAGCAAAAUACAUCAAACAUGGUCCUCCUACUGCUGCAUUGAUGAAACUUAUGGAUGAGUUACAAAUUGCAACUCCUAAGCAGUUUUUCAAACAGUUUCAAAAUAACGGGCAUGAUGGAUCCAAUAACUCCAGCCCUAAACCAGGAAACGGUGAGAAAGGUGAUGACGAGUUGUUUUUCUGUCAGCACUGUGAUUAUGGAAACCGCACAGUUAAAGGAGUGCUCAUCCACUACCAGAAGAAGCACAAGGAGGCCAAGGCCAACGCCGACCUUGUGCGUCGUCACACUGCAGUAGUGCGUAGCCAGCGUGAGCGUGCACAGAUGGUCCAAACAGGUAACUCCUCCUCUGCUUCAGCUCCAGCCGCCCCUACUGAUGCUGACAGCGCUGGACCGUUGCGCUCUCUUAAGUGCAAACACUGUUCGUACACCUCCCCUUAUGUCUACGCCUUGAAGAAGCAUCUGAAGAAGGAGCACCCCACCAUGAAAGCCACAGCCUUGACCAUUCUACACUGGGCUUAUCAAGAUGGCAUUCUAGAGGCAGGCUACCACUGCGAGUGGUGCAUUUACUCCCACGCUGAGCCCCAGGGCCUUCUCCUCCACUACCAAAGACGCCAUCCAGAGCACAAUGUUGAUUACGCAUAUAUGGCAAGCAAGCUGUGGGCCGGGCCGGAAACCAACCAGCAGCAAGGAGGCAAUAUGGAAACCAAGCAUUAUAAAUGCAGAGAUUGUGCCUUCGAGGCCUGCACAAUAUGGGACAUCACAAGUCACUACCAGGCGGUCCACCCCUGGGCCAUCAAAGGAGAUGAAUCUGUGCUUUUGGAUAUCAUCAAGGAGAACGACGCAGCUGAAAAGCAGUUUGCCAAAGACCACGCAUCUUUCAAUAAUCAGUCUUUGGAUGAUGAUGGUGCAGUUGUCAUCGACACCCCACCUAGAGAAAGCAAUCCCCAUCUAUCCCACCCACGUCUUUCCAUCGCUAACAAUACCUAUCAGUGUACUGUGUGCCUGUCAGAGUACAACAGUCUCCACGGCCUCCUCACUCACUAUGGGAAGAAGCACCCAGGCAUGAAAGUAAAAGCUGCAGAUUUUGCACAGGAGGCAGACAUUAACCCCAGUUCUGUGUAUAAAUGUCGUCACUGUCCCUACGUCAACUCCCGUAUCCACGGUGUCCUAACACACUAUCAGAAAAGACACCCGUUGGUCAAAGUCACUGCUGAAGAUUUUGCCGAUGAUAUAGAGCAGAUAACUGAAUUGAACGAGGGAGACGAAAAGUGCAAAACUCAAAGGCAGGGUUUCGGUGCGUACAGAUGCAAAAUGUGUCCGUACACACACGGCACACUGGAGAAACUGAAAAUCCAUUAUGAGAAGUAUCACAAUCAGUCCGUAUCUGAAAUGUUCUCACCCUCGCUGACUAAUUUCGCUUCCAUCAAAGAGCCAGAACCUGUUGCAGAAUGCAGUGUUAGUCAUUUAUCAAGUGUAUUAACGGACACCAGUGAAUUAGACCUUGCCCUGUCCCAGUUACCCAUCACUAAGACAGAGAAACAUGCAGUGUUCAGGUGUCAGCUCUGCAAAUACUGCUGCUCCACCAGGAAGGGUAUAGCUCGACACUACCGUAUCAAGCACAACAACGUCCGUGCGCAGCCCGAAGGAAAGAACAACGUCUUCAAGUGUGCUCUUUGUUCGUACACAAACCCCAUACGUAAAGGCCUGGCAGCUCACUACCAAAAACGCCAUGAUAUUGAUGCUUAUUAUACCCACUGCCUGGCUGCUUCCAAGACUUUAAGUGACAAACCGAGCAAACUCAUGUCGGUGACACUAACGGAGGGAGAAAACUCGGAACUUAGUGAAGAUCUGCGUUUGGCUGUGGAGAGGCGGAAAUGUUCACUCUGCUCCUUCCAGGCCUUCAGCAGGCAAAGCAUUGUGUCACAUUAUAUCAAGCGCCACCCAGGUGUCUUCCCCAAGAAGCAGCACUCAAGCAAACUGGGCCGCUUCUUUACUGUUAUAUAUGCCAAAGAACCUGAGAAGACUGCUGAGGCCGAGGAAGACCAGAAGGUUCUGGAGGUUCCACUUGAGUCUGAGCAGGACACUGAGGUUGACUGGCUGCCAUUCAGGUGUCUAAAAUGUUAUCGCUUGUCCUUCUGCAAAGGCGAGCUGCUCUCUAUGCACUACAACGACCAUCACGGCGAUGACUUAAAGAGGGACUUUGUGGUGUCGCCUAGUCCUGGGGACGAAGACUCUGAGUUGUACCAGUGUUCUCACUGUGAGCUGAAGUUCCUGGCUCUUCCAGCUCUGGCCAGACACCUGCUGACUCACAAUGAGGAGUUUCAGAAGAAAGCCAUGAGGCUGGAGAGGAGGAAGCAGCUUCUCAGCAAGCACAGGGUGGAAGAAGUGACUGAAGGCAAACUUGAGAAGGAAAGUUUUGUCAGCAAAGCUCCCAUAGGAUUCCGGUGUAACUUCUGUGAUGAAGUCCACUCCAGCCUCAGGGCCAUCUGUAACCACCUGAGGAAACACGUGCAGCAUGGAGAGGUCAAAGAGGGACACAUGAGGGUCAAUCAGGGGGCCACCGAGGUGCCCUUGGCCAUGCCCUCGGAGAGCCUCACUAACGGCAUGCUCGAGGGCGAUGAAGCCGCUGAAGCCGACGGCUUGGACAGACCCGAGGCUACGGAGAUGGUUCCGUCCUUGAUUUCCACAGUGUCAGGCGAUGAUGGCGUCACAACCGAGAUGAUUGAUACAGGAAUGGACGGAGAGGCUGAGGGCGCUGUGGACUUGACAGUUGAUGAGUCUGAAGUUCCGCUGGAGCAGCGGUUUGCAGCUGGGGGUCACCCCUGUAGUCAGUGCGACCGUGUCUUCAUGUCCAUGCAGGGACUGAGGUCCCACGAGAGGAGCCACUCGGCCGUGGCCCUGUUCAGCAGAGAGGAUAAAUACAGCUGCCAGUACUGCCAGUUCGUCUCACCCUUUAGGCACAAUCUGGACAGACACGUGCAGUCUCAUCACGGCCAUCAAAAGCCCUUCAGGUGCAAGUUCUGCCCCUUUAAAUCUGCCUACGCCAGUCGCUUGAAGAGCCACCUGCAUAAGGCACACACAGGUGACCAACACUCGUACAAAUGCCUGUCAUGUCCCUUCUCCUCCAUGACCAUCAGCCAGCUGAAGGAGCAUUCGCUGAGAGACCACGGUGAGGUCCUGACCCUCCCCAAACUACGGGCUGCCACGCAGGCUGCUCAAGCCAGCUUCAGGCCCUCCCGACCUGCCAGUGCCACGGAGCAGACUGCGUUGUCUUCCGAAGAGCAAUCAUACCUGGAACCAGCUGAUGUUCGUCAGCAGCUCAGUCAUUACCAGCUGGCCUCCCGCAGUCAACCGCCCUCUGUUUCCAUACCUGGUGCCAUGACAGUAGCUGACGGUCGUCCUGACGGCAUCCUGACGUGUGAGUUCUGCGAAUUCAGCUCUGGAUACAUGCAGAGCCUUCGACGGCACUACAGGGACCGUCACGGUGGCAGGAAGCUCUUCAAAUGCAAGGACUGCUCCUUUUUCACCUGCUUCAAGAACAACUUCACCGUGCACGUGGAGGCAGGGCACGACAACGAUGUCCAGGAGGAACCUCCUAAAGAACUUCGCUGCCCCCUCUGUCUCUACCACACCAGAAACAAGAGCAAUAUGAUCGACCACAUUGUCCUGCAUAGAGAGGAGCGUGUGGCCCCACUGGAGGUCAGCCGCUCCAAGCUGUCACGCCACCUUCAGGGUCUGGUGUUCCGCUGCCACAAAUGCACCUUCACAUGCUCCAGUGACCAGGCCCUGCAGCAGCACCUGCAGAAGCACGCCGAGAUCAAGCCUUACCAGUGCCAGCUCUGCUAUUAUGACAGCAGUCAACGGCGCCAGCUGGAGGAGCAUCUCCGCCUUGAGCACAAGGUCAUACGCAACUUUGAGUUGAUGGGCCGCAUCAACCUGGACCAGCUGGAGAUGAUAAAGGCACACACAAGCAGUGCAGAAGAGGAGGAGGAGGGAGAAGAGGAGGACGAGGAGGAGGAGGAGGAGGAAAAGGACAUUAUAGUGGUUGAUAGAAAAGACCCUGCUGAAGAUGAGGGGGAGGAGGAAGAGGAGGAUGGUGAAGAUGAAGGAGCGGAGAUGAUGGACAGUCUAGCAAAUGAGGAGAGAGACAUCAAAGAUGAAGAGGGAGAGGACAACAUCAAAGAUGAAGAGGAGGAAGAUGUUGAAGAAGCAGCAGCAGAUGAUGAUGAUGAGCAGGAGGAAGAAGAAGAAGAGGAGGAGUUGGAAGAAGUAAAGGAAAUGGAGGAAGAAAAACCUGGCCUGCCAGAGGUCCUAGCAUCUCCCACUAGCAGCACCAGCAGUUCUGGACCCAGUGCAGAGAAGCGUCUUCCCUGUGAAUUCUGCGGCCGCUGCUUCACCAACAGCUCCGAGUGGGAACGGCAUGUCCUUCGACACGGCAUGACAGUGAACAGCAGUCGGACAGACACCAGCAAUACUUCAGCAAUAGAGGCCUCAGCUUCAUCCUCCAGCGCCUCCUCUGUCCUGGUGGACACAGGACUGGACCUGUCCUGCAGCAGGACAGAGGUGCAGAGCCAUGCUAAUCUGUCAGUGAAGAGCGAGUCUGUGGAGGACGAAGAAACGCUUGACACCAAAGACGAUCAACACUUUGGUUGAACAGAUCAGAUCGUGGCCUCUUGGAACGUUGUUGUAGAGAAAAAAAAACAUUGACCUUUGGGUAGGAUUCACACUGACUUGUUUAUGUUAUUGAUUAGAACAUCAAAGGAAUCAAAGAGUGUAACGGGGAAAAAAAACAAAAAAAAAGUGACAUUGCCGUUGGAACAUUAUUAGAUUUUAGACUUUACGUGUUCAAGUGUUAGGUUGUGCUGCAUUAAAUGAACGGUCCCAUAGGACAGAUCUUAAUAUAUUGGUAACCAAUAGUGAACAGAACUUUUUAUUGCUGACAUUAUGGUCAAACCCAAGGUGAAAGAUCCCACCCAGAUAGACGCUAUUUAUAAAGGAUGUCCAAAAUGUCAAGCUAAAUUUGUUAUGGAAAGCACCUUUGAGGUUCCCCCCUGCUCAUUCAAACAGGGUCACUGUAAAUGUACCUAAAGGAAAUAAUAAUAAUAUGAGAGCAUUUACAACCGUGGCCCGCUGUCUUUUAAUGGUUUCAUGUUGAAAUUUAGGAUAUUUCCCUCAUCUAAGCCUCUUGUUAUUGUGUAGAUUUUUUUCCUGGAGGAAGUGUUGCACCUUAUCUAUUUUUGCGAGAUAGCAGACUAUGUUUAAUUCAUUUUGAGAUGUUUAGACAUUUAGCCCAAAGCCAGUAGCACAUUGCUCUAUGUUAGUCCCCUCGGAAGUGUCAUAUAAGCUUUUAUCCUGUGGAGAAGGCUUGACGUUUUGACUGUUGUCAAUUAUUGUGCAGUAAUUUUCACUGACGGACGAAUAGUGGAAAUAAUCAAACGAGAAAACUAAAUGUCCUCUUCCUCUUUAGAUAUUAUAUGUUAUAUUUAUGACCCAGGUUACCUCUAUCAAAGCAUUUAAGAUGUAAUCCUAGUCCCCGCUUUCCCCAGCCUGCUGAGGUUCACUGCAAAGUGCAUCACCACUCUGUGACUGUGUGUGUUGAUAGUGUAGGUUACAGUGAAGUGUACUGCAGUGGAAUGCGUACUGAGCUGUCGAAGCCAGAUGGACGUGGACCUUCAUAUUAGUUUAAAUUAAACGUACUCAGCAACUUGGAAGGAGCAAAAGUGCAUGAAGGUGAACAUCAGUAUUGGACCUUUGACUACAACUUAAAAAAAUACACUUGUCUUUUCAGUGCAAAAAUCCCAUGUGUGGCCAGAACCGGACACAAUCUGGUUCUGGCCACAUCUUUAUAUUGACAGAAUGCUAACAGUUCACCCAGAGAUCCAUGAGUUUGUAGGUUCCACAGUUUUCACCUGGACCUGCGUAGAGAAUCCAGUUUGGCACUGACAACCACGUCUAAAUGUUGAAGCCACCAUACAAGUGCCUUAGAAUGCAGUUACAGUAUGGCUAUGGCUCUGUUUCAAUGGUAGCAAAAAAAGUGACACAGUUGUCAGUGUUUAUUGUCAACCGCUGGAGUUACUGAUUAAAUGGAGACAAUUUUAAGAGUCAUUGUUUCAAUAAGACCAGAUUCAAGGAAGCAACCAAUAAGGUAACAACUACUCAGAUCAGAGCUGCGAUGUAUGGAUGAAAGUUUGACAUAAUCUGUAUUUGGUUCUUCACACUAAAUUGAGGAGACGUCUGGUCAUCUGUUUUGCCAGGUCACUGAUUGUUCUUACAGGAAGAAUUUCUUUAAAUCUGGCCCUCUGUGAUCCAAGUUAUCAAUUGUUGCUGACCCCACACUGGGGGUCAUACCACUGAUAUGAAAAAAAAGUUAUAAAAAGAUAUUUUGUUAGUAAAUAUGCUCAAAAUAUCAUUACAAGUGCAAUACAACAUGAAGAGGUUCCUCGGGAGACAAUACACCACAUCUUUGAACAGCAUAAAAAAAAGUAGUGUUUCUACAGUCGGACAUUUUUGCUCCUACCAUCACGUUUGGCUCUGUUUGAAUUAUUAGUUGAGGUCAAAGUGCAGGUUUGCUCUAAGGUUUCCUGUGUCUGGACAAACACAUGCAGUGAUUUCAGCAGAGCCAUCGGUGCCCGUCUUUUUUCAUUUCAACGACAAUCACAUCUGAUCUCGGAGGAUGCGGUUGCACUGCAUUUAUGAUGAGUCUAAAACAGACUGCCCUUGUACGUUUGUGUUAUAACAGUCUGUAGAAAAACUCCAAAUCUGACCUCUAACAGUGACCUCUAACAGCAACAGCCAUGUGUGAAAACAAACACGUCUUCUUUAAAUCUGGGCUUUAAUCUGAUGCCUUAUUCAUACACCUGUCAUACUAGGACUCACUGAAGAGAAAAGUGUUGUAAUGAGGCCUCCCCACCACUUGGGUUUAAAAACGAUUUGAACAUUUCAAAUUGACUCCAAAUUACCCCCCUGAACUUCAUCGCUUGCUUUGUUUUGCUCCUUUGUUGGACGUAAAGUUGUCGUGUCAACGUUGACAAAAAGGCAGAGAUUGUAUUUGCUGGAAUUUGCUGCUUGAAUGCCCUAAAGCCUUAUGAGAAGUGAAAAGCAAUUGAGUCAAAUUUCUCUUCAGCUCCAGGAAAACUAAUAAGAAACAUGAAUCAGUCUGAAAAUGAAAAGAACACAUUUGAUCUAAAUGUGUCUCUGCUACCAAAAUAUCCCCCAUGCCUGCUGUGUGUGCUGCUGUGACUGUCUUUUCUGAACGCUGGACCAUAGGAUUUUAAGUGUCGCUCUAUGGAUGGAACCCGGGUAAGGUUUAGGUUUGCAGCCAUGUAUAGAAAACAAACCUACUCGUUAAGUGUUUUUGACUGUGGUGUUUCAGGAAGGAACAUUUAAUCCCUUCUGUUUCCCUUUAGGUGUUCUUACUUAAAAAAAAAAAAGAGACAAAAAAGAAAUCUGAAGACGAUAGAAAACCUCCGGGGGGGGGGGGCUUUUUUAAAAUCCCCCUCGUCUAACAAUAUCAUACUGUUGUAUAACGUCUGAUCACGAUGAAAAAAAAAUCUGUUUUUGUACUGUAACAGGAAGGAGCAGAAAGGAAGCACAGUAUGAUUGUAUAAUAUUUAAACACAUGAAGGAAGACGAUGCAGUUUCUUUUUUUUUGUUGAAAAAAUAAAUUCUAUUAGUUUGUGCUUUUAUGUUAAAACGGAGACUGAGGCUAAGUUAGAAACUGUUGGGAGCGUUGUCUUGAACUACUCGCUAGGUUUCGGGUCUUGGUCCUCAUCUGGAUUAAUGGCUAAUCUGUAGAUCCUUCUGGACACUAGCAUGUUCACGUCUGUUCUGUGUUAUCAGCAUCCCGUUAUUUGACUCGGUCAGUAAACGUUGGGGUACUGUAGACCUGAGUCUGAGUUCUUACGGUGCUGGAUCUGAAAAACCUGUAGCUUGAAGCUGUUUGGAUGAAGCUGUUGUUGUAGUGACUUGUCAACAAGAUGCUAAAAUAUGGGAAAUGAAGCUGUCAACCCAAAAUUAUACGUCGUUCUGUGAUCAUUUUAGUUACACAAAAUGACUUUGAAAAUCCUUCACUGUGUUCAGUCUGUAGACUGUAAGACCCCCGCCGUUACCCAAAGUGAAGCCCCUGCUGACAACACACUGGAUACUUGUAAAUAUGUGUUUGUUUCUGAUGCAUUUUUUUUUUUCAGACCAGAAUCUCUCCUUCUUGCCUUUUCUUCCCUUAUAAAUCUGAUUACCUGAUGGUGGGUUGUGAUGUGGCCUAGAAUGAUUGUUUACAACUUUAUUCCAUUUAUCUCUGGAUAUUCUGUAAAUAUUGUAAUUCAUUGUCUUUUUUUAACUUGAUAAUAAAGUUAUCAGAUAAUGUU